AUGUCCCUCCUCAACCAAGAACGGCGGCAAUCCCCCUCACCGUCUCAACCGCAAACGCCGCAUGUUCGAGUGCCUGGGCCGCCAUUUCAACCAUCAAUACCCACGUCUGCUUCGAAUCAGCUUGACGCAGAAGGCCCUUAUUUCGUCCUUGGCCAAGACCUCACCUUUGAAGAAGCAGAUCAGUCACUCCACUAUUAUCAAACCGAGAUGCUCCCACAAUUCCCCUUUGUUCCUCUACCGGUCUGCCGAACUUCCGAAUUGUAUCAUGCGAGCCCUCUUCUCCUGAAAACUAUUCUGAGAGUUUGCCGACCUCUUGGCCCGGAGAAAGAUGCGAUAUUCGAGCGCUGGUUUCGUCAACAUGUAGUUUAUCGAAUAGCAGUACUCAUGGAAAAGAGCACAGAGCUCCUGCAGGCGAUUCUCGUUUUUGUCGCUUGGAACCCUGUGAGCUUUUAUGUUGGCGGUGGUGAAAUGAGCCUUUUGCAGUUGGCUAUUGGGAUUGUCGGAGAGCUGGGCCUGACAAAACGACCUGAUGCCUACGGUCACAAGUCUGUUUCUAUUGUUGACGAUGCUAUGUGGCUACGGAAUGAAAAACGGCCUCGGCCACCACAGCAUCGGAAUAUUGACCGCAGAGCGACACUUGGGGUGUUUUAUCUCACAUCGAUGCUGUCUAGUCUGCUAGGAAAAGUAUGCCGGCUCGAGUAUGUCAGCUAUUUCGAUGAUUGUUGUCGAGUUCUUCUUGAAGCGAAAGAAUUCGACACCGAUCGGCUGCUCGUACAUCUCAUUCGAUUACGGAAGAUAUCGCUUAAAGUUAGCGAUGUGUUCUGGGGCCGGAAUGACAGCAUCCACAACACGCAGUCUUGGAGCACACAUUCCAUGGCGACUGCUACAGUUCAGAAAGAGCUUGAGUCAUUCAUGGAAACUCUCCCAAGGCCGCUCCAGUCGAGUCAUAUCCUUCGCGUCGAUUGUGCUGCGAUCCGGAUUCGCCUUCUGGAACCUGCUAUACACAGUCCUGGCAACACUCCAGAUCCCACCCUGCUACGAUCCAGGCUGAUGUGGGAUUGCCUUUCUGCCACACAGAAAGUAUUUGACUCGUUUGUAGAAACACCUGUCGAGGAAUACUCAGCAUUCACGUUUGUGAGCAUGCUCAAUCUUGCCUUGGCCAUUGUUAAAUGCAUCAAGCUCCUUUCUGCCGUGGAUGAUCCCGACUGGGAUGUUGAGACAGCACGGCGAAGCUGUGAUCUCUAUAAGAUAUUCCUUCAGCUCAGUGACCGUUGGGUAGCUUCACGGCUUACAGGGAAGCCAAGAUGCUCACUAGUGAAAGACGGGAAACAUCUGGCGACAAAAUACGCGGAUCGUUUUAAGUGGCUUGCGGGAUGGUAUCUUUCUAAGGUUACGGCGAAUACAAGCAGCGACCCAUCCCCCAGUAUCCUCUCGGGUCCUUUUCUCGGGGACGGAGGUUUGAUGAAUCACAACGGUGAUCCGGGAAGUGAUUUUUGGGAAGAGCUUGGUGAUUGGACCUACGGGAUUGAUAUAGCAGUAAAUGACCUCGUCCGUUACUGA